CGACGUCAGCAACUCGUGGCGUGCUUGUCCGUGUAGGGCCUCUGCCUUCACUUCGCGCUUACGAAGCCGAUCGCCGCCGCGGCCACUCUCUUCCUCGCCGCACUCGCCGCGCGCCGCUCCGUCUUCUUCCUCACCAGGUCGUCGCCGAAGGCACGCCCGUCUUCCUCCUUUUCUCGCCUCUUUUUGAUUCGAUUCGCCGGCGUUCAGUGAAAAUUCGGGUCUCGGUAACCUAGGGCUUAUCCAGCAGCAAUUGCAGCCAUUUAGGGCGGUUUCUGUUCGUAGCACGAGGUAACUGUGUUUCGGGCAUUUGAAAAUGGCUGCCUCUUCGAUGCUAAGGAGAUGUCUCCGGAAUCCCAGAGUUUUCUCAUCCUGCGCUCCGUCUCCUCUCGUUCAUGAUCGGUUUUCGCGACUCAUAAGCACAUUAGUAUUAGCUGAGCAUGAAGGGGGAUUUGUAAAACAAUCUUCUCUGAGUGCGGUAGCAGCUGCGGCUGCAGUAAAUAAAGAAAAAUCUGUUUCAGUGCUCUUGGGUGGGUCUGGUCCAUCCCUCCUGAAAGCUGCUUCUCAUGCUGCAUCCUGUCAUCCCUCAAUAUCACAGGUUCUAGUUGCUGAUACAGAUAUACUGUUGCACCCAUUGGCAGAGACUUGGGCCGAGCUUGUUCGUUUGGUUCAGAAGCAAGGAAGUUAUUCGCAUAUUAUUUCUGCCUCAAAUUCAUUUGGAAAGAAUGUGCUACCACGUGCAGCAGCUCUUCUUGAUGUUUCACCUGUUACAGAUGUCAUUGAAAUAUCUGAGCCACGAUUAUUCACAAGGCCAAUAUAUGCAGGUAAUGCUCUUUCUACUGUUCGUUAUAUGGGUGAAGACCCUUGUAUGAUGACCAUUCGAUCCACAUCCUUUACUGUGUCUGCUUGCUCAAGCGACUCAAAGUCUAGUGAGGCACCUAUCUCAAAGGUUGAUCUCUCGAGCUUCAAUGAAGCUUCUUUUCCCAAAUCUAGGUGGCUGAAGCUUGCAUCUCAAGAAUCAGAACGACCGGAUCUUGGAAACGCACGCACUGUAGUCACUGGAGGUCGAGGGUUAAAAAGUGCUGAGAACUUUAAAUUGUUGGAGAAGCUUGCUGAAAAGCUUGGUGCAGCAGUUGGUGCCACUCGUGCUGCUGUGGAUGCAGGAUUUGUACCCAAUGACCUCCAGGUUGGUCAGACUGGAAAAAUUGUCGCACCAGAGUUGUACAUGGCUUUUGGGGUUUCUGGUGCUAUCCAACACAUAGCAGGAAUGAGAGAUUCGAAGGUCAUUGUGGCUGUAAAUAAAGAUGCAGAUGCACCCAUUUUUCAGGUUGCAGAUUACGGGCUUGUUGCAGAUCUGUUCGAUGUAAUUCCGGAAUUGAUAGAAAAGAUUCCUGAUAAAAAGUGAUGAGCAUUUCACGUUCAAUCAUGAAUAAUGAAAUCUGCCCCCUUCUCGGCGGACAGUUAGCAUGGUGGUAUUACCACCAUGAAUAACAAAAUCUGAUAUAAUCUUUCAUUGUUCUCGAUUAUUUAGAUCCCUCAUGUUCGAUACAUCCUUGUUGAUCCUCAGUGGUUCAAAAAUCUAUUCGACUUCUUGAAUUACUUGUUAGUUGGGUUUUUGAAUAGUAUUAAAGCGGAAAUCUCUAUUUCAAAGUCA